AUGAAAUAUUCUGAUAUCUUCGGUCAAAAUAAACACCCCCAGGAUGAAAUGACAGACAGUAAAGCUGAGCCAAAGGAUUAUUCUGUUCAAAAAGAGGGGAAAGAUAUUGAUAUUCAAAAUUCAAAUGAAGAACAAUCCCUACUAAAAAUCGUAAAACUAUACUCAAAUCAAAUCAUAGAUAUCGCAAAUAAAUACUUUCCUACUUUAGUACCAACUAUUGAAAAAAGAUGGAUUUCUUUAAGGAAAAAUUUGUUUCAUGAUAUGGUCUUUGGGAACUCUUUCAUUUAUCCAAUUCAAGGUGCGCUUGAAGUUGUUACAACAAGAGUUUACUGGAAAUAUAUUGCUGUGUUUGGUGUUUCUUAUGUCAUUACAUUCUUCGUAAUUGGUGGGUUAUAUUAUUUGACACUUCUUCCAAUUGUAUUAAGUUGGUCUAUGCUUUUCUUAGGUCCAAUUGGAUUCGUUUUAGCUCAUUUACAAUGGGUUUUACAAACCAAUGCACUAACUUCAAUCAUUUCUAGUAAAUUGGUCUUACCAUUCAUUAAUGAUAGAAUUUAUGACAUGGCUUUAGUAAUGAAUGGUGGUGAGGAUUUCUUAAAUAAGGGUAAAUUGAUAAGAAAAGUGAAAAGUAAGACCAAAAAAGAUUUGAAAAUAGAUUCAACCACCUCAAAGGAAAAAGAAAGUCAAUGGAUUGUAAGGAAAACUUGGAGUAUUUUGAAAUUCUUUAGAAAUACUAUAAUAACCAUAUCAUUAACCUUAUUAUCAAUGGUUCCAUUAAUUGGUCCACCUAUUGUAAAUCAAAUAAUGGCACCAUCAAGAAGUUUUUCUUAUAUGACGAGAUAUUUUUAUUUGAAAGGGUUUAAUCAUAAAGAAGCAAAAGAUUUUCAAUAUGAAAAUUAUGGUCAUUUCGUUUGCUUUGGUAUGGCCUCUGGGAUUUUGGAAUUUUUACCAUUUAUAUCUAUCAUUACAAUGGCAAGUAAUACUAUUGGCGCUGCAAAAUGGAGUUUAGCACUUAAUGAAAGAGAAAAUAAACUCAAGAAAAACGAAUAG